AUGUGUAUGAAAACAACUUUUCUUCAAGAAAAAGGAAAAAAUAUAUUAAAGAUGCAGGAAAAAUAUAAAAAGAAUAAUAAAGAAGUUAAUGAAGAUAAAAAAAAUGUGUUUAAUAACGAAUUUAACAAAUCCAAUUCAGAAAAAAUAAAUCAUAAUUCAUAUGAGUAUUGUGACAUAUCCAAAAAAUAUGCAUAUCAUUAUACAGAUAUUAUCGAAACCUCUGAAAAAAAUAUAUUAUAUACCGAAAAAAGUAUAGAUAAUGAAAAGAACAAUUUAUCAACAUAUAGUGAAGAAUCUCUAAAUAGAUUAAAGCAUAAAGCAGUAAAUGAAUAUAGUUCAGAUCAAAAUGAUAUAUCAUAUAAUGAAAAAAAAAUUUCAUCGAAAAAAAAAGAGAUAAUAUUAAAAAAAAAUCAUUCAUCACCUUGCUCUUACAGGGAGAAGAUAAGUUAUAUAGCAUGCGUUGAAAAUAAAAGUGACAAUAAUGAAAAUUUUAAAAUUGUAAAUAAAGAAAAAAAUAACAAUAUAAAAAGCACAAAUAGUAUAAAUGAGGAAUUAUUCAAUAAAGAAAAUUCAAAUAAUAUAACUAUGAAAAGUGAAGACAUUGAAAAAAAAUUAUCAUUUAGUGAAUCAUUUAAUAAUAGCAAAGACAAUGAAAUGAAGGAAAGCAUAAAUAAAUAUGACAUUAAUAUAAAAAAUGAAAAAAAUAGACACAAUGGUGAAAAUAUAAAAAUUAAUGAAAAUACACAAAAUGAUAUAUAUAUAAAAAUGGAUAAAACAGAACAGAAUGAUACAUUAAUAAAAAAAAAUAAGAAUAUAAAAAAUAUGCCGAAUAAAAAAUAUGAAAGCACACAAAAUAAUAUAGUUAAAAAUUAUAGUAAAAUAGAAAGUAAAGAAAAUAUUAAAAAAGAUCAAAUAAUAGAAAAAGCAAAUAGCGCACGAAAUGAUUACUUGUAUAAUCUCAAUUUAAAAAAUAAAAAAAAAAAAAAAAACGAGGAUUAUUCAGGUAAUUCAAGUGAAAUUUAUGUUAAUAAUAAUUUAGAUGUUAAAAAUAAUUAUGAUAUUGAAAAAAACACUAAAAAUACACAAAAAGAAAAUAUUACUGAAUGUUUUAAAUCUUAUAAAAUAAAUAAUGAAUUAAAUACAUUAAAUUUAAGAGAAAAAAAUAGUGAAAUUAAAGAGAGUUCUGAAAAAUUUUCUAAGAAUGCAAUAAAACAAAAAAUAUAUAACAGUAAUAAGUUAAAAUAUAAUAAAAAAAAAUUGUUACAAAGUAAUAUAAUAAAUACUAAUGAUUUACAAAAAAAAUCAUCUGAAGAAAUAAUGAUACAAAAAAUUUUUAUAAAUGAAAGUGACACAAAUGAUAAAGUACAAAAAAAGAUACAUCGUAUAGAGCAUAAUAUGGAAGAAAAAGAGAAUGAAACAGCAAAUAAUGAUAUGAAAGUGAAAAGAAAAAUUAUAUCAGAAAAAGAAAAUGAAAAACUAGAUUUUGAAAUAGAAUUGUCUUCGGUUGAUUCUUCAAUUUUAACGAAUGAUUUUACAAAAGAAGAAAGAGAAAAAAAUGUAAAAAAUCUCAUCCAUGAAAAUAAAUAUAGGAUUGAUGAAAACCAUGGUAUAAUUAUAAGCAAAAGUGAAAAAGAUGAUAUUGAAAAAUUUAAUUUUAUUUGUAAUUUUUCAAAUGAAAAUGAUAGUAACACACAAAAAAGAGAAUUAAAUAAAAGUGUAGUUCUUAUCAAUGAAGAAUUAAAGAAUGAUGACUCCAUAAAAAGUAAAGAAUUAAAAAAAGUCAAUUCUAAUUAUUCAAAAGAGUUAAUAGAUAUAAAAAUAUAUGAUGAUUCAGAAAUAGAUGAAAUAAAAAACAAUGAUUUGGAAUUAUUUUGGAAUAAUAAAGAAGUAUCAACUAUUUUAAAAGAGUCGCAGUAUGAUUCUCAUAAAAAUUCAGAUGAAGGUAAUGAAGAAACAGUAAUAUGGAAUAGUGAGAAUUAUAAUACUAUAGAAAUUUCAAACAAUAAAUUUUCAUCUUACAAAAAAAAAAAAAAAACACAAGUAAAAAGAUGUAAAAGUGAUUCAACCAAUUAUAAAAGAAAGAAUGAUAUUACUUUCGAAAGAAAAAAUACUAUUAAUGAUAUUAUAGAAAGAGGCAAUUUGAAAAAAAGUGAAAACAAUAACAGAAAUAUAUAUAUUCCCAAUGUAAAUAAUAAUAAAAAUUGUGUAAAUAAAGAGAAAAAAGAAGAUAUUAACAUAGAAAGUAAAUUGGAUGUUAUUAAAUCUAAAUUAGCGCUUAAUAAUAAUAUAGAUAUAGAUAGUGUAAAUUUUGAAAGCUUUGACAUAUAUCAAAUAGAUUUUGAAAAACUAGGCUUAAAUGUAGACAAUUUAGACAAGGAAGAAAAAUACAUUUUAUUGCUUUACAUAUCAGAAAAAAAAUUAGAAUUUGUGUGGAAUGAAAGAGAAGCAUUCAAAAGAGCACAUUCUAAUAUAAAAAAUUUUCAGGCAAAUCAAAAUAAAAUAAGAGAAAUGAAAAAUGCUUAUUCAAAAAAUAGCUUGUUUAAUGAAAAUAAGGAAAAUGAUAAUUUUAAUAAUAAAAAAGGUGAUAAAAACAAUAACAGGCCAACAGAUACACAAUAUUUUAAAAUUAAUAGUGUUUUUAAUAAAAAAGAAUUUGGAAAUGAAAAAAAUAAAAAAAUUUAUGAAUUAUUAUCAGAAAAUACAAAUGAAAAUGAAUUUAUAAAAUUUAGUACUUCUCAGUCAUCGGAUAUAUCAAUGUAUAAAUCAACAAAUAAGCAAAAAAAUUAUCAUGCUUCAAGAACAAAUCAUUUGUUAAACGAAAAUAGUUCGUCUGAAAUAAGGAAUAAUGACAAUUUACCAAAGUAUGGAUUUUUUUUUGAGUUUUAUAGUAAAUUAUUAAAAAAAUAUAAAGUAUUAAAUAAGACAGAUAAUGCUUCUAACGUAAAGGUUCUCCUAGAGAAAUUUUUGAAAUGUUGUAUAUAUUUAUUUUUUCAAGAUGAAUAUAUUGACAAUUUUCUAAAAUAUUAUGAAGAUAUUAAAAAAGCAGAAACUAAAGAGGAAAUUAUAUUUAAAAAUUUUCUUUGUGCUGAAUAUAUGUGCAAUAAAUUCCAGGAUAUAUAUAAUACUGAAGAAAGAACAAAUAAUGAGGAAAUCAUGCUUUUAUCUUCAUAUUAUUCUGAAAUGAGAGAAAUAGUAAGUAAAUUUAUAUUAAAUGAUAAUUUAGUAAGUAAAAUAAGGCAAAUACAAAUUAUAAAUAAAAUAUUAAAAGAUGAAGUUAGAACAUAUGCUAUUAAAGUCGCGAAUCAUGAUAUAUACUUUGAUGUAGAACCCCAUUUUAUAGAAGAAUCUGAAAAAGUCAUAGUUGGUAAGGAUAUAGGAUUUUUUAAUAUUUCUAUAUUAGAUAAAAAUUAUAAAUAUAAUUAUUAUGUAUAUGAAAAAGAAACAAAAUUAGAACACAAAAAUUCUUUUUGGAGAUAUUUCUAUGGAUACUUUAAUGACCUAUUUUAUUGGUAUCAAGAUAAAAAUGAAAAUGGUUUUCCUGAACAUGAAAAAGGAGAAUCAGGAAAUAAGGAUAUAAGCUCAUCGAAAAGGUUUUCUAGAAAUUUUAUGAAACUUAAUGGGAGCAAAGAAGAAAAUAAUGAUUCUUCAGAACAUAAUAUGGAAAACAAAAAUUUUUUAAAAAAGGAUGAAGAAAACAAAAGUACUUUAAAAAUGGAGAAGAAAGAGAAUAACUCUUUAAAUAAUGAGGAAAGCAAAGAAAAUUUAAAAAAGGAAGAAAGAGAGGAUAACCUUUUAAAUAAUAAUGAAUCAAACAAAGGCAAUUUAAAGAAGUAUGAAAAAAAGGAUAAUACUUUAAAUAAUGAUGAUGAAAACAGAGAUACUUUAAAAAAUGAAGAAAAAAAAGAUAACUAUAUAAAUAAUGACGAAAAAAAUAAAGAAUCUUCAAUAAAUGAAAUGAAAGAAAUUAAUCUUUUAAAAAUAGAAGAAAACAGUGAAAACAUACAUUUAGAGUCUAAAGGUGAAUCAAUUAAUUUAAUAGAAAAUAAAAAAAUUUUAAGUAAUAUAAGCAAAGACAAAACAAUAUUAAGUAAUUCUACUAAAAUAGAAGAUUGCUUAAUGGAAAGUAAUCUUUCAAGCAUUGAUAAUUUCAUUUCAGAAAAUUCCAGUGAUAUAAAAUUAGAUGAUAUUUGUUAUUCAGAUAACAAAAAUAUGAAUAAUUUUCUCCAUAAGGAAGUAAAAUGUAAUGAAGAUAAUAACAAUACAUUUAAUAAAAAUUAUAUAGAUACUUCAAAAAACAAUUCAUCUAUCAAGAAUGAUGAUAAUAAAAAAUUUCUUAACAAUUUUGAUUGUAAAAAUAAAAAUAGUUUAAACGGCAAUCAUAACAUUACAGAAAAAAAAAAUAUAAAACAUAAAAAUAUGUUAGCUCACCUAGUUGCAUUUCAAUAUAGAGGAUCCUUGCCAAAAGAUGAAAUAAAUGACUUUAAUAAAAUAAAUAAAAAUAAAAAUAUAAUAGGGAGUUAUUUUUCGUCUUAUCUUAAUGACAGUUUAGUUGCUAUUCAUAUUAAAAAUGAAAGUAUUCAGAAUUUUUUAAAUACGCAUUUUAUAAUAGAGAGGUGUCGAAAAUAUAAUAAGGAUAUAAAAAAGUCUUAUGUACAUAUUUUGAAUUCAAAUACAAAGCAGUAUUUGGCAGUAAAUCUAGAAAAUAAAAAAAUUAUGUUUACCAAUAAUUAUAAUGAUAUUUCUUAUAUAGAUGAAUUUGAUGUAGAAAACAAGAUAUCUACAUAUUUUGAAUUACAAUCUAUAUCAGAUAUGAUGAAAAACAUUUUAAUUGAAGAUAUUAUACAAAGCGUUGCUAAUAUUAUGUUAAAUUAA